GCUGUGGAGCCGGAGUGCUGUGAUUUCGGAGCUGACAGGGAGCCCCUGAAUGCAGCAGCAGCCUGCCCUCUCAGUCAGUCGCAUGUUUACUUGCUUUGUCAGCGGUGUCUUCUCAUUCCUCUCUCUCCCCUGCAGCUCAUCCAAACCUUGGACUCUCACUCACUUUAUCACAUCGCCCUUAUCAGCGGUUUCUUCUCCCGCAGGCUUUUAUUAUAUCCCCGGCCCUUCCUCCUGCGGACCUUGAUCGGAGGGCACAUCGGGUUCAUAGGUGGGUUUUUUUUCCUGCUCUAUCUUUUUUUUUUCCGGCCAACAGGGGAAAAGAUGACGUUAAAAUCCAGUAAGAACGAACCUGCUGUCAUCCUGGAGUCCGUCAGCAGCGCGCGGACUGCCCUCUCCGAUCUCUACCUGGAGCAGCUCCUGCAAAACAAACCAAAGUGUGACAAGGCAACUAUGCAAACAUAUGAGAAUAAGGGAGCUGAAGUUUUCACCAACGGCAGCACGAAACACAUGAAUGGUACAGACCUGACCAGGAUGAAAGAAGUAGCAUUUGAAAAGAAUCCGUCAGAGCCAAUGGGGGUCACCCUAAAGCUGAACGACAAACAACGGUGCACUGUGGCCAGAAUACUACAUGGGGGUAUGAUCCAUAGACAAGGGUCCUUACAUGAAGGGGAUGAAAUAGCAGAAAUCAAUGGGAAAAGUGUAACAAACCAAACUGUAGACCAGCUACAAAAGAUUCUGAAAGAAACCAAUGGUGUCGUCACAAUGAAGAUCAUUUCCAACCAGCAGAGUCGAUCCCGGGCCUGUGAGAUGUACAUGAGGGCCCAGUUUGACUAUGACCCCACCAAGGAUGACCUCAUCCCAUGCAAAGAGGCUGGACUGAAGUUUAAAACUGGUGACAUCAUUCAGAUCAUCAACAAACAGGAUCCCAACUGGUGGCAGGGCAGAGUGGAGAGCAACACUGCGGACUUCGCUGGACUAAUACCUUCCCCAGAGCUCCAAGAAUGGAGGGUGGCCAGUAAGAGCAAGGCCAGAGAGGGCAGUCAGUCCUGCAGCCCGUUUGGGAAGAAGAAGAAGUGCAAAGACAAGUACCUGGCCAAGCACAGCUCCAUUUUUGAUCAACUGGAUGUGAUUUCUUAUGAGGAGGUUGUUCGGCUCCCGGCUUUUAAAAGAAAAACACUUGUGCUAAUUGGUGCACCUGGUGUAGGAAGGAGACAUAUCAAAAAUGCACUAUUGACCAAAUACCCGGAUAAAUUUUCCUACCCAGCACCACACACCACCAGACCCCAGCGUAAGGAUGAGGAGAACGGGCAGGAAUAUUAUUUCAUCUCCAACGAAGCCAUGACCAAGUGCAUCUCUGGGAAUGAGCUGCUGGAGUACGGAAGCUUCCAGGGAAACAUGUUUGGCACCAAAAUCGAGACCAUCCAGAAGAUCCAUGAGCAGGAAAAAAUCGCCUUGGUGGACGUGGAACCACAGACCCUGAAACUCUUGCGGACGGCUGAUUUUGCGCCCCUUGUGGUGUUCAUCGCUCCGACCAACACAGCUUCCCAGAUGGAAAACCUGCUGAUGAUCCAGAAAGAGUCGGACGCCAUUCUGACCACGUUCGGACACUUCUUUGAUGUGGUUCUCGUCAACAACGACGUGGAUGAAAGCGUCAAAGGUGUGGAGGAGGCCAUGGAGCGUGCCACCUCCACCCCGCAGUGGGUGCCUGUAUCUUGGGUGUACUGACGGCCGUCCGGCUCCAGUGUAGCACCUUUAGUUUGAUGAAAAGCAGUGCAAUAUCACUCUCACUUACCUGAAACCUCUCAGUUAGUGAUCUCCCAGUCGUGUUUGGGGUUUUACUAUUUGGUUAAUGUUGAUUGUCACAGAGAUUUUUUCCACAAGUGCAUCCAAAAAAAUAAGCAAUAUGUAGAAAGGUUUAUUUUAGAAAGUGGAGAACCUCACCAGGGAUGUUUUAUUUUGGUGGUUUAUAUGUUUGUGCUUCAGGCUUUUGGGAUAGUUUUGGUGCCGCACACCUUUUGUGAUGCUUGGAACGCGAGCGAAUGCAAAAUAGGACCACAACUGUGAAUGAAAUCCUCACUUUUAAAUAAGGAUUUUGUCAUGUAAAACAUCGAUUCUGGAUUCUUUCUCUUCAUCCUCAUUAAACUGUGCCAUGAAGUUGAUAUUCUGAAACUGUCUGUCCAUGCAGUGUGUGUAACUCCAUUCUGAGACAAUGUCCUCUUACACAAAACCUUUCAGUCAGUCAGUGACAUCCUUUCUUGUCUGAUCUCAUAAAAAAUUGUAUACCUCAUGGGAUACUGUAAAGGCACUUUCAAACAGAAAAUAAAUUUCCCUGCUCUGUUGCAACA